UCCAUCUUUUUAUUUCAGAUUUAAUCAAUCGGAAAUCCGGGAAGUGCACGAUUUUACAAAAAAAAAGCAGAUGAACCGAUCGUUAGGAGCAGACGUAGUUUACUAAAUUUGUUUUUACCAUAAAUUAUUUCGACUGAAAAUCCAUUCCCUGAAAAUCCAUUCUUGUUAAAUGUGUCAUGAAAAUCGAUUAUAUAUGGUAAGCUCUUUGCUGAUAUACUCCAUUAAAAUCGAUUAUUUUCCAUGAAAGUUUAGCGUGCGUUGUGUAUCAAUUUGUAUAUAUUCUUAUUUCACCAGCAAAAAUGGAAAAUAUUUCGACUUCCAGUCUUCUCAGUUAUGAAAAGACUUCCGAGUCCAACGACUCGUUUGAAGUUUCUUUUUUGUUUCUAUUUCGUUACUUUAUAGCAAUAAUUGGUCUAGUCGCAAACUGUCUUGUAAUAUUUUGUAUUUAUUCUUAUAAAAAACUUCAAAAAGUUCGCAAUUAUCUUGUGGCCAAUCUAGCUGUCAUAGACGCCCUUUCGCUCAUAAUGGACCUGACAGUUUUUAUACCUUCGGAAGUACCAAGUUAUGGUAAAUUAAUCAACUCGUGUUUUUUCUCGGUUGCCGGCAAUACCCUGACAUUUAUGGGUAUGAUAGCUUUAACUGUGGUUUCCGUCGACAGGUUUGUCUACAUAAUGCGACCCCUUCAUUAUCAUUACUUCCGGAAACACUGGAUCAAAACUGUUCUGUCAAGCUGGCUAGUUUUUGGCACUUGUCACGCAGCUUUCGGAGUUUUGUUCACUUGCCCCGCAUUUUAUGUCGAAAACGAAAUGAUUUACAACUUUUCAAAUUUGGUCAGUUUUUCGACCUGGUUUGUAGUCGAAGCUGUUUUGUAUUCAAUCAUUUACUGGAAAGCGUACCGACAAAACUUGUCGCUCGGUAGAAGUCAAGCCGCAAAUGAGUCGGUCAACCGAUCCUUCAACCCCAUCCAAAAACGCAUCAUAAUCGGCUAUUUGCUGAUUGUCGGUUUCGCUUUUUUGACCUCCCUGUUUAGUAACUUCUUGGCUAUUAUGUUCCUCGUCUAUCCUGACGAAAUGGAGUUUUCAGGGUUUCUCAAACUGCUACAAGACUUUGCCCGUGUGCAGUUGACUGUGAACUGCAGUGUGAACCCAUUUGUGUAUGCGGCGACCCAGACAGUCUACCGAGAAGCGCUGGUCAAAUCUCUCCUUUUCAGGUGUGGGAGACGUAGAAGGGACCACUCGAUGAUGAUGACUACCCAUUUGGGAGGGGGAUACACAUGUGCUACAGGAGGGGCCAAAGUGAUACUGGACGUCGCCUGAAGCAAAAUUCCAUUCAGUUUUAACUACCCCCUUUUGAGUUAACUUAUCACGUGUAGAUUUUAUUGGACUCUUCUUCAGCCCCCUUUUCAUUUUUGCUAAAAUACGGUUUCCGAUUUCCGAUAAAGAAUAUUGGUGUAAUAUUUCAUAUACUAAAACAUGUCAGAGUGAACAAGUGAAAGAGUUUGAACAAUGAAUUGUCUUGCAUGGAAAAAUAGCUUGUAUGCAAUUUUCAGGGCCGUAAGUGGUGCAAAUUUUGUCAUCAUGAGGCAAUGAGUAAAUAUUGAGUUCCAAAAAAUGAUGCAACUGCAAUAAUGGAUAAGCAAAAAGAAAAACGGCUCUUCUACCAAAAUCUCUCCCCCUACCCCAGCCCAA